AUGUCGAAGUUCCUCGCCCUCCUCGCCCUCGUGGCCUCUCCGAUACUCGUUGUCGCCCUGGUUCCCCCAAACCCACCCCCAUUCCACAUCAUUGCCGGUGCAUCCGGCACGGAGUUCAUUCACCUCCAACCCAUCGAAGCUGCGAAUGGGUCUCUCUGGAUUGGCGCCGAGACUUCCUCGGCGUGCCCGUCCACGGUCGCGGACUGCCCGCCGGGCGACGUCACCGCCUUCAGCGGAGGCCAAACUACUGUGUACCUCGACGUCAGUGUGCCCGCAGGGCAAAUAGUUUACGUCCUGGGGGACAACGGAGAGGUCCAUUUCACGCCACCGAACGACCCCUUGCUCCCCCUUCAGGGCAACGCAGUGAUGCAAGGCUUCCACUGGGAAUCUACGGAACCUUCUGAAGGUCUUGGAGAGCUUACGUUUACUGGCCUCAACUCCUCCACCUUCGUCGCCUGCCCGAAGGGCGAUCCCUUCCCCUUCCAGGUCUUCGCACGGGUUCCUAAUGUAAACUGGGCCGGGUGCACGAACUUCAGUGCCAUCACCGCCCCGUACCCUGGUGGAGGUGUUGCCGCAUACGAGUACAAUUGA